UCUCGGCGUGCGGCGGCGGCCGCUCUGUGCGUCGGGAGGAGAAGAAGCGAGAAGGGCUCCGGGCAGCAAAUGGGAGCCGCGGUCCCGGUCCCGGUCCGGUGUUCGGGACCGCAGCCUCGGACCCGGGCAGCCCCGAGCACGCACCCCCCGCCCCGCUCCCGCUUGUGUCCCGCAUGGAGCUGCGAGCAGGAGACUCUUGGGGGGUCCUCACGUUCCUUUGUGCCGCGCUCUGCCACCUGCCCGCGCUGCCGGCGCUGAACUGCACCGAGGAGCUGGGCCCCGGCCACUCCAUCCAGCAGACCUACGACCUGACCCGCUACCUGGAGCACCAGCUCCGCUCCCUGGCCGGCACCUACCUGAACUACCUGGGCCCCCCUUUCAAUGAGCCUGACUUCAACCCCCCGCGCCUGGCCCGGGCCGAGCGGGUGCCCAGCGCCACGGUGGACCUGGAGCUGUGGCGGGGCCUGACCGACAACGCCCGCUUGGCCGCCAACUACCGGGCCUACAGCCGGGUGCUGUGCUCGCUGCGGGCGCUGGACGCGCAGGGCACGGCCGAGCUGCGCCAUCGCCUGGGCCACUUCUGCUCCAGCCUGCAGGGCUUGGUGCUGAGCAUCGCGGGGGUCAUGUCCUCCCUCGGGUACCCGCUGCCCGCCGGCCCCCCGGCAUCGCCCCACGGGACCCCGGUGCAAGGCGGGGGGGGGCCCCCCAAUGACUUCCUGAAGAAGAUGGAUGAUUUCUGGCUGCUCAAGGAGCUGCAGACCUGGCUGUGGCGCUCGGCCAAGGACUUCAACCGGCUCAAGAAGAAGGUGCCGCCGGCAGUGGUGACGCUGAGGAUGGAGGCGAGGGGGUUCUGAGCUC